CGCAAAGUAUGAAUAGGAUCUUCGUAUGCGAUUUCCAACACAGCCCAGACACAUAUUCGCCGCGCUGUGUAUUCUGGGAACACACAGCAGUUUCAAGAUGGCGGCGAGCAGGAGGCUGGGCAAGGAACUUGAUGAGAUUCGCAGGUCUGGAAUGAAAAACUUCAGAAACAUUCAAGUUGAGGAAUCAAACCUGUUGUCAUGGCAAGGGCUCAUCGUUCCCGACAACCCUCCUUAUGACAAAGGCGCGUUCAGAAUCGAAAUCAUUUUCCCCACCGAGUACCCCUUCAAGCCUCCCAAGAUCACAUUCAAGACAAAGAUCUAUCACCCCAACAUCGACGAGAAGGGCCAGGUGUGCUUGCCUGUGAUCAGCGCAGAGAACUGGAAGCCUGCCACCAAAACUGACCAAGUAAUUCAGUCCCUCAUCGCGCUGGUGAACGACCCCCAGCCGGAGCAUCCUCUCAGGGCAGACCUAGCAGAAGAAUACUCAAAGGACCGCAAAAAAUUCUUGAAGAAUGCUGAAGAGUUUACAAAGAAAUACGGCGAAAAGCGGCCAAUGGACUGAUCACCUGACGAGUGUGUAGCCCUCUCUCUGUCUCUUUCCACCCCCUCCCCCACCCCCCCACUUCCUCCUAUCUCACCUGCCCGACCAAAUACCGAUCUUCCUCUCCCCACCCCAUCCUCCUCUCCCCACCACCACACCAGUUUUCCCUGCAGUCCCGGAUGCCGCCCAGCUGAAGCCGGGGGCGGCGGCAGCCUCCGCCUCCCUCCUCAUCCAGGACUCUGUGGAUCAGACAGCUUCCUCCCCCUUCCUUUUGACAACCGCUCCACCUCCUCCUCCUCCUCCUUGGCCAUAGACCUCCAGACCAUUUCUAACUUUCUACUCUUUUCUUAAUGUGAAAGAAAUGGAAACAGAAAUGCUAAUAGACACAACGUUAGAUGGAAAUAAGUAACAUGUCAUUUACUUCUCCUAUAUAGACACUUUUGUGUUGAAUAGAUCUCACUUCGACGACUUUUCUGAAGUAUUUUUCGCAAAGCAAGAAAACCGGUUGAUAACAAUAAUUCUUUCUGCCCCACCAUCGAUAAUCUUUUUAAGCUAAAAAAAGAAGAAAAGUCAAGCAUGACGGAAAGAAGAAGCUGUAGGUUGCACCUGGAGGUGUGCGCCUCACUCUCCUCCGCCGCUUUUAGACGUGCACUCUGCUCACGCCCCCCCGCCCCCCACAGUUUGUAACACACAGAGCAGAAACGAAACAGGCCAGACAUUAAUUGAAUUGUUCUUGCUGAAAAUGCGAUGGAAGAUUCCUGAGUGUUGAAGAGAGCAGAAGAAAGAACCCCAAAUGGAUCCCAAACACUCCAGACAUGUUAUCAUGAGGAGGCCCUUUUUUCCUUUUUCUAAUGAUAUAGCUUUCUCCAUUUUGACGCAGAUAUAAUUGGUAACGUGGGAAGAACCCCUGUCUCUUAAUUUGACUCUUCCAACGCAUGUCCCCACCCCACCCCAUCCCACCCCACCCCACCCCGACGUAACUACCAUCACAUUAGACACGGAGCCCUCCGCCACACAGAGACUGUUCCAACGGCCGCCCAGCUGAAAGGGCCCGAACUCGUCGGGAGGGGGAGGAGAAGCUGGAGAAGGCUGCACUCAGCUGGAAUGAAGCUCAGCUCCUGGAGCUCCAGGUCCUAAAAAACAAGAGAAGAAAACGAGCGCCUUGAAGGCAGCUGGGAGAGUGCUGGCUGUCCAGGGGGGAUGUGUCAGGACACGGAAAAGGGACUGCAGUGGCCACCAAAAACCCCCACCAUGUAACAGCUGUUUGAUCUGGUCCCAAUAUUGUUUCAUAAUAAAGAUGGCUAACCAUUUGGCCUCACUGUC